AUGAACCCCGCCAGCUCCUUCAAGGCUUUCUCUUGUGCCGGCGCAGCGGGUGGCGGCAGCACCCAGCGGCCCCGCAGCCGCUACGGGCAGCACCGCGAAGAGCCGCCCUCAGCCGCCGGCGGCCCUUCGCAGGGACUCUCUGUCUCUCCUGUAACAAAGGAUGAAAGUGCUACGCAGCAGUGUAAGCCAACUGAAGUAGUUCCAUGUGAAAAUCAGGAUGGGAUUUUAAAGUUGUCUCCAUUUACGAGUAGAUGUGUAUCCACAAAGAGGUCAAGAAGCCCUUCCCUAGUGAAAAUUGAAAUAAAACUUGACGAAUCUGAUGAGGAAUGCAGUCUUGUCAUUGAUGUGCCACCACAAGCUGUUAAUAAAAAGCCAAGAAUAAGUAGCAACUGCACAAGUGGGAACAGGGACAAAGAACUGUCUGCUGUCUUGGAGGAAAGAGAUGCCCUUGCUUAUAGCAAGAAGAAACAUAUAUCUUCAGCUGCUUCUAUUGAGGCAGACACACAGAAGGGAAUUCUGAAGAAAGGGAAUGCAGAAACCAAUAUAUUGGUCAAAGCAUUUGUUCAGGACCAUACUACUAAUGAAGAUUGUGUGAGCAGUGGAAGAGUAGCACAGUCUGUCUGGUGUACUGGACACUCGUCAAAAGAUGAAACUACAAUUGAAAGACCUUAUAAGGAAAUAAUAAUUAAUACAGAGGAACACCAGAGCAUAGAAGAGGAUGGGGGUAAUAAUAGCCAUACAUACCCAUAUCCAACUUAUUACUUAAACAAGGAAGAAAGUGAAAAAACUCUGCUGAGUUCAUCAGCUGAGGAAGUGGAACCCAGUGGCGAGGACACAGAGCCCUCUGAAUCAGAUGAUCCUGUAGAGGAGUGUCGGAGAAUUUUUGAUGAGUUUGAAAGAGAAGCACAAAAGAAGGAUGGUGAUAAGCAGGCCCGUGGAGGAGAUGCAGAUCUUAAUUUAUCAGAAACCAAAGCAAAUGCUCCUGGACAAAAGAGGAGAAUUGCACACACGGCAAAAUUUGAUGUACAUAAAAAUGAAAUGGUGCCUUUCAAAGCGCCUCCUUGGCAGCAGGGUCAUGAUGCAGAAAUUCUGCAGGAACGCUGGGAGGCAAUGGAGUUUGUAGCUGCAGUUAAAAGGGGACAAGGUUUUAUUAUUACAACUUCUGAACAGCAGAAGACUACAUCUGGAAUGUCAGCUGCUCCAUUUCAAAGCACUGGACCACUGGCCUCUGUGAAUUUGCUUGAAGUUCAGCCUGUUGAGACCAGCAGUGGUCAACUGCCUAUACUACUGGAGGGAAAUGUUGUAGCAGGAAUACCCUGUGAACUUUCUGUUAGUUCAUUCCAAAAGACUACUCCUGCCCCAUGCAAGGUUUCUACUCGGAAAAGGCCUUCUGUUCCAGAAUCAGGAUCCAAAGUACCAUUUGAGACAAGACAGCGAUAUGUCAAUUGUUUUUUUGCAGAAUGCCUCAAGACUUGUAGCACAGUGAAUGAAGCUAUUCACAAGGCCCUGCUGGAAGAGCAAUCUGUUUAUGAACAUUGUGGCAGUAAAAAAAUGUACCUGAAUUUUGCUGUGAAGACUCUCAAAAAGCUGAGAGAUCAUGGACAACCUGGUAACAGCAGGUCAUCCAGUGGCACUGAGUCAGAGCAAGAGAAAGCUUUUACAGAUGGUGCUCUAUAUGAACUUUUAAAAGAUUAUCUUCUGACUGAGGAACAAUUGAAUGAAAAUAACUUCCCCCGACCGAAUCCUGAAAAAAACGGUAGUGCUAUACUUACUGGGAUUGUAAAAAAUGCUGUAUAUGAUGCUUUCAAAAGAGUGUGCUGUAGAUGUGGUGAGGUAUACAGUGUUACAUCUUCAGGAGAACAUAGACGUAAAGAAGAAUGCAACUAUCAUUCUGGUAGAGUGUUGGAACAAAGAGUUCCUGGUGGCAUGGAAAAACGCUAUAGAUGUUGUGAGAGAAUAGUUGGGUCUUCCGGAUGUCAGACUGCAAAGCUUCAUGUUCAUGAUGGAAGAAGCAACAAGUUGGAAGGCUUCAUGAAGACAUUAACCAAAUCACCACCUUUUGAUGGAAACUAUGGUGUAUAUGCUUUGGACUGCGAGACGUGUUACACAACCCACGGCUUGGAACUAACUAGAGUGACAGUGGUUGAUGCUAAGCUACAGGUUGUCUAUGAUACAUUUGUUAAACCAGAUGGUAAAGUUCUAGACUACGAUAUAAGGCUCUCUGGAGCAAGAGAGGAUGAUCUGAAGAAUACCACAACAUCUCUUCGGGAUGUACAGGCAGUACUGCUAAACUUGUUCAGUGCAGAUACAAUUGUGAUUGGACACAGUUUAGAAAAUGGCUUAUUCACUCUCAAGCUAAUUCAUGACACGGUAGUGGACACAUCAGUAGUGUUUCCUCAUCGUCUGGGUUUGCCUCACAAAAGACCACUUGCAAGUCUGAUGGCUGACUACCUCAGGAGAAUUCAUCAAGAUGAUGUUGGGGGUCAUAAUUCCAGGGAUGAUGCAAUUGCUUGUAUGGAGCUAAUCCUUUGGAAGGUCAAGGAGGACAAUAAGAAGAGAAAAGAGUGAUUAUUAUGGC